AUGCACCUGCAUGUUCCCCGCCGAUUCCCCGCUCUAAGUGAUAUGACCAGAGAAAAUCAUUGCCAAUAUAUACGUGACACCACAUCUGUCGUUAAGUAUAAGUUUCCAGGUGUGGUAGCAUUCGAUAUUCAUACCAGAGACUUUGGACAUUGUCACAUCUCCACAACGACCGGCAACGAAUCAAGAACCAUCGACCGAAAGAUGGCAUUGACACAUACCGUCCCCCUAAUGGACACUCAAUCUUUCUCGGAGGCUGAGCUGAUUAAACAUUUUACGUAUUCCUACAUACCUCUUCGCCAGGUCCGGAGAGCUGCGAGUCGGCGACCCAAUGGCCGCAUUGCUACAGAAAGCAUAUGGCUAAGAAUAAUCGGACACCUCGACGACAGCGUAUGCCUCUACCAGAAGCAGAAGACUCUCCAUUCCCUUUCUCUGACCUGUCGAUUCUUCAACGAAUUCGCUACAAGAGCUCUUUAUCAAACCCUUGAUCUGCAGUACCACGGAGAGCGGGAUUCGGGAAUAUCCGAAUGCACCUGCUCGACCCAUAAAAAGCUAGCGAUCGACUCGACUCGACCACGCAAACGGCACCCCCUCAGAAACAAACUCAAUAGGCUCAUUCGGAGUCUCCGUUCUCGACCCAAUUUGCCCGGAAACGUUUUGCACUUGAAACUCCCGCAUGAGUACCCCAUUCCCAAGCUCAUUGAGCAGUCAUCCGAUGGAGAUGACCCAAAUCCCAUUACUACGAAGUGGUUUGAGAUAUUCAGAAUAUGUUCUCCUGGACUGAAUACUGUUGUAGGGCUGGAUGCUUUGUUGGAGGAAUUUCUGGAUCGCGGCAGCCUGAGGCUAGAUAUUGGUUACAAGUUGUGGGCAGCUCUGGAGAGGAAUAAGAAGUGGCAGGAGUGGGAUUUUACUGCCUGGUCCCUAGCAUAUCUUCCUGGCCUCGAUAUUUUGGGGUUCCCACCACCAGAACCCCCGGCGGAUCCUGGCUGGAGUAUUGGAAGGCUUCAGCAAACAUUUGCGAGCUGGAAGAACCUUAAGCACGUUACUUUGAGAGAAACGGCUUGGUUACAAGGUGCCCUUCACUCACUCCCGAAACUGCAGUCGGUGACUAUCAAUGCGGGCGCAUUCACAAAUUUCGAUAACAUAUUCCUGCAUAUUCCUGCAAAGAACCUUCAAUCGUUAUCGUACAACUGUGAGGAGCUGCACGCUGAGGAUUUCCGAUCAAAGGGGCCUGGUUACUUGACCUCGGAGCCUUUCGAACCAUUAAUUAAGUUUCUGGAAGACACAAACUCGUCGCCUUCGAUCCUACCGGUUCUCAAGAAAAUCAGCAUUAAUUUUCAAUGGUGGAACGAUGAACACAAGCCAUACAGCUCUGGGAUGGGUUUCCGCCAACUCAUAUCUUCAAUUUUUAGCUCGGUCCCAAUGCUGGAAGAGUUGAACUUGACCUUAUCAACCUAUCACGAACGAAUCAUUGGGACCGAAGAGACGAAUGACCUUGUGCAAGAGUUCGAACAGCAAUCAAUCGCCAACACAGUUCAUGCCCCUAACCUUCGAAGCAUGUCUCUGUCAGUUCCAGCACAAACGAAUACAGAAUGGUUGGCAAGAAAAAUCGCUUCUAGAGCCUUUCCAAAUCUUAGAAGCUUCACCUUCCAGUCUUCUUUGAGUAAAGGCGAAUUUAGCGAAUGCACAAUAUGUACUGAGUUUGAGGAUGCAAAGUCGGUGCGGGACCUGGCAAGAGGGUCCGGAACAAACCUAAUAAUACUUGCCCCAUUUUUUCUAUGGACGAGAACUACAUGUAGGAUGUUGGUCAAAGAGAUAAUAAACAAAAAUCUCGUUAGGAUUAGGUGCCACUCCUUUUAUAAUUCGAUUGCAAGCUUCGGGUUUUGGCUUGCUGUGUACGAAAUGAAUGGCUCUGUUCGAAUCACCUUGGCCGGGGUUUGUUUAGGAUUAAUAUUUCCUUGCGAUUGUUGCUAG